CGCGGUUCUGCCCCUCGACCGACCCUCGACACCCGAACCCCAGCGACCGGGCCACCUACAACUCUACGGGCCAAGGCGACAACUUGCCCAAGCCAGCCAGCCUGCAACGACCUCCCGGACCACCUGUCUCGAACCGCAUGCUGUGGCUCUGCACCACGGGCUGAACAGCUGCCAACCCUUGCCUCUCCGAGCCCCGUGUCCUUCGAAGGAGAGAGAGAGAGAGAGACAGAGAGAGAGAGAGCUCCGUGCCGGACGGGCAUCUCGAACCGCUCACUCCCUCUCAACCCACUCCAGCCCUGCAGCUGCGGCGCACAACACCACCAACUACAACAACAAUAGCCCCUCGACGAUGGCGGUCAACCGGAUAAAGGGCGCGUUCGCGGUCCCCCGCAAGGGUGAGACCUUCGAGCUGCGUGCCGGGCUCGUCUCGCAGUAUGCCUACGAGAGGAAGGAGUCGAUCCAGAAGACCAUCAUGGCCAUGACCCUGGGCAAGGACGUGUCUGCCCUGUUCCCCGACGUGCUCAAGAACAUCGCCACCGGCGACCUGGACCAGAAGAAGCUCGUCUAUCUAUACCUCAUGAACUACGCGAAAUCACAUCCCGACCUCUGCAUCCUCGCCGUCAACACCUUCGUCCAGGACUCGGAAGACCCGAACCCGCUGAUCAGGGCCCUGGCCAUACGGACCAUGGGCUGCAUCCGGGUCGACAAGAUGGUCGACUACAUGGAGGAGCCCCUGCGCAAGACGCUGCGCGACGAGAGCCCCUACGUGCGCAAGACGGCCGCCAUCUGCGUCGCCAAGCUGUUCGACCUCAACCCCACCAUGUGCAUCGAGAACGGCUUCCUCGAGAUCCUGCAGGAGCUCAUUGGCGACCCCAACCCCAUGGUCGUCGCCAACUCGGUCCAGGCCCUGUCCGAGAUCAACGAGACCGCCCCCGAGACAAAGGCCCUCGUCGUCACCCCCGCCAUGCUCAAGAAGCUGCUCAUGGCCAUCGCCGAGUGCACCGAGUGGGGGAGGGUCACCAUCCUGUCCACCCUGGCCGACUACCCGCCCGCCGACGUUAAGGAGUCGGAGCACAUCUGCGAGAGGGUGGCGCCCCAGUUCCAGCACGUCAACCCCAGCGUGGUCUUGGCCGCCGUCAAGGUCGUCUUCAUCCACAUGAGGAUCAUCAGCCCGGAGCUGGUACGGCAGUACCUCAAGAAGAUGGCUCCUCCUCUAGUAACCCUCGUCGCAUCCGCCCCAGAAGUCCAAUACGUCGCCCUGAGGAAUAUCGAUCUCCUCCUGCAGGCCAAGCCCGACAUCCUCAGCAAAGAGCUCCGCGUGUUCUUUUGCAAGUACAACGACCCCCCUUACGUCAAGAUGCAGAAGCUCGAGAUCAUGGUGCGGAUAUCAAACGACAAGAACUUCGACCACCUGCUCGCCGAGCUGAAGGAGUACGCCCUCGAGGUCGACAUGGACUUUGUGCGCCGCGCCAUCAAGGCCAUCGGGCAGGUGGCAAUCAAGAUCGAGAGCGCGGCGGAGAAGUGCGUCAACGCGCUGCUGGACCUGAUAGCGACCAAGGUCAACUACGUGGUGCAGGAGGUCAUCGUGGUGAUCAAGGACAUUUUGCGCAAGUACCCGGGCUACGAGGGCGUCAUCCCCACGCUGUGCAACCACAUCGACGAGCUCGACGAGCCAAACGCAAGAGGGUCGCUGAUAUGGAUCGUGGGGGAGUACGCCGAGAAGAUCAACAACGCGGACGAGAUAUUAUCUGGGUUCGUGGAUGAAUUCAUGGAGGAGUUCACACAGACGCAACUACAGAUCCUCACAGCAGUUGUAAAACUGUUCCUCAAGAAGCCGAGCAACAACCAAGGCCUCGUCCAGAAAGUGCUGCAACAAGCAACGGCGGAUAACGACAACCCGGACAUCAGGGAUCGAGCCUAUGUCUACUGGCGGCUUUUGUCAGGGGACCUCGACGUCGCCAAGAACAUCAUCCUCUCCCAGAAGCCCGCAAUCUCCACCACAAUCUCCAGCCUCCCGACCGCCCUGCUGGAGCAGCUCCUCAGCGAGCUGUCGACCCUCGCGUCCGUGUACCACAAGCCGCCCGAGUCCUUCGUCGGCAAGGGCCGCUUCGGCGCCGACGAGAUCCAGCGCGCCGCCAUCCAGGAGCAGCGCCGCGAGGCCGCCGACAACCCCAUCGCCGCGUCCGUCGCGGCCGCCACCACGGGCCAGCCCCAGAACAACGUCGAGAACCUGCUCGACAUCGACUUUGACGGCGCCGCGCCCGCGUCGCAGGAGCAGGAGCAGGCCAGCGCGGCCGCCACGCCGGACCGGGUCGCGAGCCCUGCUGUCGGCGGUGGCGCUUCCGGUGGAAUGGCGGACAUGAUGGGGCUGUUUGACGUCAGCUCGCCCGCUGCGCCGCCGGGUGGUGGUGGCGGUGGGGGUGGGGGCGCCAUGGGCGACAUGAUGAACGGGUUCGCGGGCAUGGACCUCAGCGGGGCGAGCGCGCCGCCCCCGCCCGGGCAGCAGCUGCACCCGCAGGGGACGGGGGGCCAGGCGCCGGCGCAGGGGCAGCAGAGCGGGAGUGAUGACCUGUUGGGGCUGUUUUAGGGCGGAUGUUGUUGUGAAGGGAUAGCGAUAGGAGGGGGGGGGAGAGGCAUAUCUCGGGGAUGAGACCUAACCGAAACGAAACGAAACGGGAAGCAGUGUGUAUGUAUGGAGGUGGGCGGGUGGGUGGAAUGGGUAAGUGGGUAGCUACUGAUGGUCAGCAUGAGGGGAAUGGGGUUCUUCUCAGCGGUCAUUCGGGCAAUGCAAUGAACUAGUGGGCUGGCUGGCUGGUUGGCUGUUUUGGGGGGCGUGGCCGGCGGGUCGAAAAGCACAACGUCAAAACGUAUAGAGGUCAUCAAAGGAAUCCAGAGGCGUCUGUAAUGUGAAUGGGGGG